AUGUCAAGGAUCCUAGUGCCUCGGACCCACAGUAAUGGCACAGCCUUCCCGAUCAAGCUUGUUGACAAACGGUUGGCCUUUGAGUGCACAAUCCACCGGAUCCCAGGCGUUCUGUGUGGGGGUCUGUCAUUUCUUUCUCCCCUGUGGCAUUUAAACUGUUGGAGUCAUCUGUGUGGGAGGGUUUAUUAUGUGUGUGCCUGUUUUCUUUGCAGAUCAACAGAAACAUGUGAAAAAGAAGAUGACCUUGACAGUCUUAUUAAUGAGAUAUUUGAGGAGCCUAACUUUGAUAACAAGUCUUUUCAAAAAUUGAAAUCCAAAUCUUCAAGUAACACAUCUGUCGGAGUUUCCAUUCAAGGCCUCAGUAAGAGCUGUAGCCCAGUGUAUCUCAGUGGGAGCACCAUUCCAUGUGGGAUUGGAACACACACCUCACAGAGAGCAUGUGACCGACUGCGUUGUCUAGCCUGUGACUUCCGGAUAGUGAGCUACGAUGACUAUGUGUGGGACAAGUCAUGUGAUUACCUGUUCUUCAGAAACAACAUGCCGGAAUUCCACAGACUAAAAGCAAAGUUGAUCCGGAAGGAAGGAGCACGGGCGUACGCCUGCCAGUGCAGCUGGAGAAGUGUGGAAGAGCUGAGGGACCUGCAGGCAGACCAUGAGCUCCGCUGGGUGUGUGGCAAACACUGAGAACACCGGCCGCAUCUGUGAGCCAGCGCCGCUACCACACGGGUACAGUGCAUAGCAGGACAUUGCCCUCGGACACAGGCAAUGGAUUUUAUGUGGCCACGCGCCCUUGUGAAGACCAGAUGAACUGGGGAGACAGCGUGCUGCGACACCUUGACAUUGUUCCUUUUGACCUGGACAUUUUACUUAGUAGGUUAAAAAAUGUCCGAAUGUGCUAGCCUGUCUCCUGACAUUUUACUUAGUAGGUAAAAAAUGUCCGAAUGUGCUAGCCUGUCUCCUGGUAGGGAUUGGAAUUGUGGCAUUCGUGUAAGUUACAGCCUUUUGGUAGCAACUGUAGCACUGACCGCUGAUGCUCUCUGACCCAGUCCUCCUAUGGCAUUGUAAACAAGCACCCAGCUGCCCAGGGCAGGAGGUCAUUGUGUGUGAGCGUUCAUGGUUGCUGCUCUGAUCCGUGAUUAUCAGAGACUGUACAUUAGACAUGAGAAAGAUGACCAUUGAUUAACUGGGGGGUUGUCAAGAGUACAGUACGUCAUAAACCCUGCCUUAUAUGUAUCUCAUCUUGUCUCACCAACUCAAUUCAGUAUUAUGCACAAUAAUAAUAGUAGUAGUAACGUUACCAUUGUUAGCAUAUUCCCCUCCUUUGCUCAUUGAAAUAUCAAGUUAGUUUUCUAUUGGCAAAUGUCUAUUUAUAUAUAAAAAGAGUUUUGAUGUAACUAAAAUGACUAAAGUCCUUGUUGGAUUUUUCAAGUGUAAUCCAUAAUUUUCAAGUAUAAUCCAUAUUCUAUAAUUCCAGCAACUUUCUCAGGCAGCCUGUGGACUUUCUAGUACUAUCCUGUUGACACAUCAUUUAUUGGAGCAUAGCUAGCCUGUUGGGCUCCUGCUGAUACCACUGAGAUGGAGGAACUGUAUCAUAGUAACAUGGUCAAGAAAUGCAUUAUCUCAGCUUCGCUUCCCAAUGCCAAAGACAUUUCAGGGCCUUUCUAGUCUGCCAAAAUUCUACUCUGAGUGCUUACUCCUCAAGUGUCUGUAUUAUGUGGUUUAAGUGUGUGACACAGGGCACCCUGGAAGGAUAUAAAUCUUAACACAGGUACGAUCUGCUUGGUUUUAUGUUAGUGUCACCCCAGCCACUGAUCACUGAGAGCCUUUUCCUAGCCCGAGCUCUGCUCAGUGGUAGAGCGCGUGAAUAGCAUAUGCCAGGCCCCAAGUUCAUCCCCAGCAGCACAAAACAAGGGAAAAGAAGAUGGAAAAGCAAGCUUUUCCUGACCAUGACAUAUUUAUGCCCUUGUAAACAUAAUUGCAACAAAAGAAAUCUCAAAGUAGCUGAUGCUCACAUUUUUGUAUUAAUAUUUAUUUACAGUUUUUAUCUUUUAAUAAAUCUUUUUACUCCCCAAAA